CUCCGGGGGGCGGGUGGGACGCCAAGAUGGCGGCGGAGCUGGAGCGGGUCCGCGUCUCGGCGGCCGAGCUGCGGGGGCUGGUGGCGGCGCGGGGGCGGGGCCCGGGCCCAGGCCCAGAGAACACGAAAGAGCUGAAAGAGCCCAGGCAUCGAAAAGAUAACAGGCGCCCGGACCUGGAAAUCUACAAGCCAGGUCUUUCCCGGCUAAGGAACAAGCACUUGCUUCUGAAACAGGAAGCACCAGGGUGCGAAGGGAGCAGAGCUGGGGAAGCCAAGGAUGAAACUGCUGGUGACAAAGAUCCUGCUGUUGCUGCGGGGGGAUCUCGGGUUGCUGAGGAUCUCAGCAAAGGUGACAGCCAGAGGCAGAACGGUCCCUCCCAGGGAGAUGGAGAGAUGGAAAGUAAAGGGCUUGUUCAGAGCCAGGAGAGCUUGUCUAAACACUCGGCCUCGGAGGAGGGGUGCUCCAAGGUCAGCAGAAGAGCCAAGAAGCCAGACCAGCAGAUCUAUCAGCCUGGGAAGCGCCUGCAGUCUGCCACCAAGGAGCCAACCCCCCGGCCAGCCAGCGAAGAGGUCGUCAGUAAGAUGGAGCAGCUGAGAGUUGAGGGAGAAGAGACUGAGAGGGACCCUGGGAAAGGCACUAGUGGCAGCAGCAGAAAUAAACAGAGCAGAGAGGAAAGAGAGGGAAGCCUGACCGGUGAGGGGGUAAAAACUGCCAAGGGAGACAAAGGCAGGCGGCUGGAACGGGGUGACAGGGCAAGGAAGGCAAGCAGCGACCCGCCACAGGGAAAGCUCGCCUCCACCAAGAGGUACUCCCGCUCGGACAAACGCAGGAGCCGGUACCGCACCUGCAGCACAAGCUCUGCUGGAAGCAACAACAGCACAGAUGGAGCCUCCCUGGCUGAGGUGGGGAAGAAACAGCAGGAGCGGGCAAAGGAGAGGCUCCGUCCUAAGAAGCAGCCAUCUGCUUCCUCCACAGACUCCCUGGAUGAUGACCGAAUGGAUAAGGUGGAAGCCUAUGGCCUUGGCAGGAGCUCGGAGAGGAGGAAGCGCCUGGAGCAGAGCCGAGCUUCUGAGAGCGAGUGGAGCAGCAAUGGUAAAGAGGCCAAGGGCGCUUUGCGCGUCACCUUUGACAGCCGGACCAUGAGCAGGGACAUCUGCACGUUGGAAAACGGCAAGAAAAGGCCCCCAAAGGGCUGUGUUAACGUGAGUGAUUCCACGGAGGCUGUGGAGGGGAGAGGCCAGAGCAGGGAGCCUCACGGAAGAGGCCGGGGGAUUCUUGUCCUGCCUGCCAACACAGACCUCUCUGCCAGCGCUGCAGGAUCCCCUGAAUCCAUGCAUUCAGGGCCCAGGCUUCUGCUUGGCGGUGGGGGCAGCAAGGGGCCCAGGGGCAGAGGCCGUGGUGGCACUACCCGCAGGUUGUGGGAUCCAAAUAACCCUGACCAGAAGCCGGCUCUGAAGAACCAGGCCUCUCAGCUCCACUUCCUGGACACGGAUGAUGAAGUGAGCCCCACUUCCUGGGGGGACACGCGCCAGUCACAGGCCUCCUACUACAAGUUUCAGAACUCAGACAAUCCCUACUAUUACCCAAGGCCCACAGGCCCGGGGGCCCAGUAUCCCUACGGAGGAUACCCACUGCAGUAUCAAAUGGGCCCCAGCAAUGGUGUGUACCCAGGCACUUACUAUCCGGGGUAUCCAGGCCAGUCAGGGCAGUACGUCUGCAACCCGCUCCCGUCCACCCCCCUGAGUCCUGAACUGGAGCAGCAGAUGCGGAACAUGCAGCAGCAGGAGCUCAGCAAACUCCUUCGAGAGGCUGGGAACCAGGAGCAGCAGCUCAGCAACCUGCUGUCCAGAGACCGGAUCAGCCCCGAGGGGCUUGAGAAGAUGACACAGCUGAGAGCAGAGAUGCUGCAGCUGUAUGAGCGAUGCAUCCUGAUGGACAUAGAGUUCUCUGAUAACCAGAACGUGGAUCAGCUGCUGUGGAAGAACGCCUUUUACCAGGUGAUUGAGAAAUUCCGGCAGCUCCUCAAGGACCCUCUGGGAGAGACUGCCCAGGAAAUUCGGAACAAGCUGCUUCAGCUCCUGGAUGAGGGCACUGUUUUCUUUGACAGCUUGCUGCAGAACCUGCAGGUCUCGUACCAGUUCAAGCUGGAGGAUUAUAUGGAUGGGAUGGCCAUUCGCAGCAAGCCCCUGCGGAAGAUGGUGAAGUACGCGCUGAUCAGUGCCCAGAGGUGCAUGAUUUGUCAAGGGGACAUUUGCAGGUACCGAGAGCAAGCGAAUGACACGGCAAACUACGGGAAAGCGCGCAGCUGGUAUCUGAAGGCUCAACAGAUUGCCCCCAAAAAUGGCCGUCCAUACAACCAGUUGGCGCUCCUGGCUAUCUACACGAGGAGGAAGCUGGAUGCUGUGUACUAUUACAUGCGCAGCCUGGCCGCCAGCAACCCCAUUCUCACAGCCAAGGAGAGUCUCAUGAGCCUGUUUGAGGAGACAAAGCGCAAGGCGGAGCAGAUGGAGCAGAAGAAACAUCAGGUGCUGGAGCUGAGCCCCAGCCAGAGGGGGAAGAGCAAGAGGUCCACGUUCCGACAAGUUGGAGACGACGCCACACGGCUGGAGAUCUGGAUCCACCCCUCCCACCCCCGCUCCUCCCAGGGCCAGGAAUCUGGCAGGGAUUCUGAACAGGACAGCGGGCUUGGGAACCUCAGCCCCAGCGACCUGAACAAAAGGUUCAUCCUCAGUUUUCUCCAUGCCCAUGGGAAGCUGUUUACCAGGAUUGGGAUGGAGACGUUCCCUGCAGUGGCUGAGGAGGUCCUGAGGGAGUUCCAGGUGCUGCUGCAGCACAGCCCACCUCCCAUCGGAAGCACCCGCAUGCUGCAGCUUGUGGCCAUCAACAUGUUUGCAGUGUACAACUCCCAGCCCAAAGAGUGCCUGUCAGAGGAGUGUCGCUCCGUGAUCCAGGAGCAAGCCACAGCCCUGGGCCUGGCCAUGUUCUCCCUGCUGGUGAGGCGCUGUACCAGCCUGCUGAAGGAGUCUACCCGAGCUCAGCCCCAAGAGGAGGAGCAGGAACCCGAGCAAGAGGUCGCAGAGGAUGACAUCAAGGUCUCUGCCUUGCCCCAGGAUCUAAAGGAGUUGCUGCCCAGCGUGAAAGUCUGGUCAGACUGGAUGCUCGGCCACCCGGACACCUGGAACCCCCCUCCCACCUCCCUCGAGCUGCCCAAACAGGUCUCGGUGGACGUGUGGGUGACGCUGGCUGACUUUUGUAACAUCCUGACCACGGUGAACCAGUCAGAGGUGCCAUUGUACAAGGACCCGGAUGAAGACCUUGCCCUGCUCAGCCUGGAAGAGGAUCGGCUCCUGUCGGGCUUCGUCCCCCUGCUCGCUGCCCCCCAGGAGCCCUGCUACGUGGAGAAAACCUCGGACAAGGUUAUUGCAGCCGACUGCAAGAGGGUCACAGUUCUGAAGUAUUUCCUGGAAGCCCUUUGUGGACAAGAAGAGCCUUUGCUGGCAUUCAAGGGUGGAAAAUAUGUGUCAGUGGCACCCGUCCCAGACGCCAUGGGAAAGGAAAUGGGAAGCCAAGAGGGAAAACAACUGGAAGAUCAGGAGGACGACGUGAGGGUUGAGGCGUUUGAGGAUGAUUCCGAGGCUGAAGGAAGCGGGGAAGAGCUUGACAUCAAGGAGCUCCGAGCUAAGAAGCAAGUGCUAGCCCGGAAAGUAGCUGAGCAGCAGCGUCGGCAGGACAAGAUCCAGGCUGUGCUGAAGGAUCAGAGUCAGAUGAGGCAGAUGGAGCUGGAGAUCCGGCCCAUCUUCCUGGUGCCAGACACCAACGGGUUCAUCGACCACCUGAGCAGCCUGGCGCGGCUGCUGGAGUGCAGGAAGUUCAUCCUGGUGGUGCCCCUGAUCGUGAUCAACGAGCUGGACGGCCUAGCCAAGGGCUCAGAGACGGAGCACCGUGCUGGGGGCUACGCCCGCCAGCUGCAAGAGCGAGCCAGGAAGUCCAUCGAGUUCCUGGAGGGGCGCUUUGAGAGCCGCGACAGCUGCAUGAGGGCCCUUACCAGCCGCGGCAAUGAGCUCGAGUCCAUCUCCUUCCGCAGUGAAGACACCACUGGCCAGCAGGGCAACAACGAUGACCUGAUCCUGUCCUGCUGCCUCCAUUACUGCAAUGACAAGGCCAAGGACUUCAUGCCAGCUAAAAAAGAUGACCCAAUCCGCCUGCUGAGAGAGGUGGUGCUGCUGACGGAUGACCGGAACCUGCGGGUCAAGGCGCUGACCCGCAACGUGCCCGUGCGGGACAUUCCCACCUUCCUGAAGUGGGCCCAGGAGGGUUGAGCGUGUGCGGGCAGGAGAGGCCGAGUGAGUACCGCAGCGCGUGGCCCGUGGGUCCGCAGCGUUUGAGGCAGGCUUUGCGACAUGUCGCCUGCCACCCGCCCACCCGUGAACAAUAAAUGCCACGUCUUCACCCCCUGGCAUGGCCGGGCUGCCGUGGGGCAGGCGCGCUGGGAAGGUCGUUGCUGCCGAUGGUUCGUACAGAGGCUGGAGCACUGAGGAGGCUCAGGUGAAGCCAAGCAAGUAGGAGCUGUGUCCCAGAAGACUUUAGGGUGAGCUCUGGGGUCAGUCUCGCAGCCUCUGGCUCCUGACGGUUUCCUUGAGGGCAGCGAGUUCACAGCAGAGGCCCGUGUUCCCCUGGUGCUUACCCAGGGGCAAGAGUGACCUGUUGUCCUAGCCCCUCCUAAAGAGCAGGACCCUGCGGACAGGCUGGGGCAGCCCGUGCUAAAGAAGACCCUGGUCUGUGGGGUCAGGCUCUCCCUGGCUGCCGGCAUCGCCAUCUCACCGCCUUGCUGCUUCUGCUUCCUCGCAGCGCUGCCCUUUCCUUUGGGUCCCAGUCACCCCGGGGCAGGACAGGGUUGGGCCUGGGCCAGCCCAUAGGCUGCCCUUCUUCCUGGCAGCGGAGUCUGCCUGGAGCUGAUGAGCGUGGGGCUCCUCUCUCCCUCGGGAGAUGCCCUUGCCCCUGCGAGCCCUGGAGCACCGGGGCUUUAGGGCCCUCUGCCCCCAGUCUGCCGAGCAGCAUCAUCACUGAGGCACCACCACCCUGCAGCUGUUUCUGCCCCUCUGCUGUGUCCCCCCCCCCAUGCCAGACACACUCCUGCUCCCUGUCCCAGACCCCUCUGCCACCCCUUUGGGCACUCGGACAGUCGGCUCCGACUGACGUUAGGCCGUAGUGUCGUGGGCAUCAUGGUGGGGUCACUAGCUGCUGCCUCAUGGACCCCGAGGGUGGGGUCAAGCCACGUGGGAUGCUCUGUUUCCCUGGGGAAGACCCCUGUGUCCAGCAGGGAACAGUUAACGGACUGUCCAGCCGUGUGCGAUGUGGCUGCUGCUCAGGGGGCCUUGUUGCCUUGCAUGGGGGGUCUGGCACCAAUGCUGUCUCUCUGCCACCCUGAAGGUUUCCCAGCAUGUGGGUCCUGCACCCCAGACCCCCUCAUAGGGCAGGAGCUUCCCCGCAGGUGGUUCAUCUCCAAGCUGGAGCACACUGCAGGCACAGACAUUGCGAGGGGCUUCAGCCCCUGGCUGCCCUCCGCAGCGGUCACGUAGCACUCCCUGGCCCAGCCCCGGCAUGCCCCAGCACUAUGGAAGCAGCCAGUCUGGACCCUUGGGGCCUGAGCUGCCCUCCCAGUGCUUCCCUUUCUCUGCUCUCAAGCACAGGGGCCUCUGGGAGAGGCAGCAGCAGGCCUGAGAGCAGCUCUUCUUGCCACUCUGGGCUGGGGCUAAACCGGCUUGAGCAGGGCACUGCUGAGGGUAGUGGGGAGGAGCCCCUGAUGCUGCUCUGCUGGGCAAGGGGCUUGUCUGCUUCAUCUGCCAGUGCUGCCUGGGGCCAGGGAUGGGACCUGGAUCUGUGGCACAUAAGGUGCCCUGGCAGGGUGGGAGGGGCUCUGCUUGCUCAGCCGCUUGCUUUGGAGGAGUCCUGGCCUCCGCUUCACCCGACUUCCUGUCCCCAAGCCCACCCCAGGGGCUGACUAGUCCAGGCAGAGAGGGGCCCCGUGGUCGGGCAACGAGCCCUCAGGCUUUGGGCUCCUGAGUGACAGCUGCUUGGAGGCCGCGGCAUCUGCUGGGGAGCGCGGACAGCGCACAUCAGCGGUGCAUCAAAGGGCACUCGAUUCUGGACCACGGCCAGGAUCCUGCCCAGCUCAGACCCUGGAGACCAAGGCCUGCGAGGCCGCUGAUGGCCAGGCAGCUGGACUUCCACCACAAGGACCUUGCCAGGGGUUCUGCCUGGGACAUGCCGGCCCAACACAGCUGCACAGGCCUGCAAACCCAGAGCUGCAGCAUGGAUCCCUUCUCCCCAGGCGGCUGCAGCCGUACAGGAUGGCCUUGCAAGAGGACUCAAGGAACAGCCUGCACCAUAGAAAGAAAGCCAAGGCCCCCUAGGCUUGGCAGGGCAGGACCAGCUCUGAGCAGGGGCUGCCUCUGGACACUGCUGGCCCCUGGGCCUGGACUCUUCCCUGGAGACAGGGACUGGGCAUGCAAUUGCUGCUCCCCCGACCUCGUGUUUGCAGCUAGGGAAGGGCGCCCUGACACCAGCCGUGGGUAGUGGCUCUGGCAGCAGGCGUCCAGCUCCUUCGCACGGGGCUGAGCUGUGCCUGUGCUGCUGGCUGCGUGCAGAGCAUCAGACCCGGGGGGGGGGAGGGGGGCGCUGGUGAUGUCUUGUGCUGUUUUGUUUAGAGGUUUUAAUAAAUUUUGCUACCAAACA